AUGACGGCAUUGUCCUUACGGCAUCGGCCUAUUUUCCCGAAAACACCGAUAUUCCCCCCGAAUUGGGUCGACUUUAUGCAAAUCUCCGUACAAUCGCACACAACCACACAAUCCAAUUGCCUCGUUCCUAACACAAUGGCCCCCCAGCUUUCCGACGCCGAAUUUGACGCUGCUCUUCAACAGCGUCUUCGCCGUGAUCCCUCCCGCUUCACCAACAUCAUGGAGCACUUGACAGGAUCCUCCCCGACCUCGACUCAAGCAGACCUUGGUGCCUCUGCUACCCCUCAAAUGGGAGCCGCUCGACCCGCCCUGGUCACUAAUACUCCCCGUAUCGCCGAGGGACACCCCCUGUCCGGUCUCCCUCGGCUUUACGGGAGCCAUCCCGCUACAGGACUCCUCCCUCAAGGCCACUCGGUUCAAGGUCAACAAGGCCAGAUGCAAGGGCAAGGACAAGGGCAAGGGCAAGGGCAAGGGCAAGGGCAAGGGCAAGGGCAAGGGCAAGGGCAAAGGCAAGUAGGCCAUAAUCACGCCACCCCAAACCAAGUCGGUCAGGGUCAAGGCCAAACUCACGGGCUUGGGCUCCCAGAUCAGAGUCACGGCCAAGCCGUCCAGAACCAAGCUCACGGUCAGGUCUAUCAAGGUGGUAACGCCUAUGCUGCCCCUUCCCCCAACAUGGGGUACCCGACCUACCCUCCUGGGUUGCCGAUUCCAGGUAUGCAAUCAUACCAAGCGGCCCAUGGCGCGGAUUCAGGGGUCGCCAGCGCCCUCCCGACGUAUCGGCAAAUGCCAUUCGCCCCCCCUUCCACGGCUCUACAGGUCCAAGGGACCUUCCCGCACGCAUCUCAGAUGCUUAGUGGCCCCCGAACCUUCCCUGGCCUACCUUUGACCAAGGGUGGUGCCGCUCGAGCCAAGUCCAAGAAAGCGGAACCGGUCGAACCCAAAUUUGGCAAAACGGGCAGCAUGGUCACGUACAUUGCCUGUGGGUCCCUUCUCCGGGAGCGACCGCGCCUCUGGAAAAACAAAUCGGGCGGAGGUAAUCUUUUCCAUGAAGCUGUCGAUAACUCGAAUUACCGACUGCCAGUCCAUUUCAGAGCGGACAUGAGCCCCAUCGAGAUCGCCGAGGCGGUUUACGCUGCGUUUAGGGCAAAGUUGGGUCCCAACGCUCUGAAAGAGCCGUUCCUUUGGGCCAAAUUGGGCCAUGGAACUGCCAGUUUUCACCCCGUUCAAACCUGUCGCGCCUAUCUCACCACAAUCGCGGACCUCAAAAGCUUUUACCACGCUUCGUCGAACAUGUAUGUUAUCUGCGAAGGUUGGGAAAUUCCUGAAAAGGACAAUCCCGAUUGGCGCUUGAUGAUAUCAGCCCUACACAAUGUCGACUAUGACCUUUUUGCGGAAGAUCCAGACGAAGAUGGCCUUCGCAACUGCCAAGGCUGCGGCAACCCCUAUCCUCCCGCCCAAAUGCCCCGUCACCAAGAGGUGUGUGCGGAUUACAUGGCUUGGGUCAACGAAACGCAGGCCAAUGCAUCCAACGAUGCUAUGGCCAUCGCCCCAUUCCGACCUGUAUGGCAGCUUCCCAAGGCUAAAAACAAAGCAUCGGGAAGCAAAUCAGCCUCGAUCAAGGACGUCAAGCCAAGAAUUGAGGUCAAGCCUGAACCACGCUCUCCAAUCCAGCGGCCAAGAUCUCGCAAGACGGACUUGAAGGGCAAGGGCAGGGCAACCUUCCCGACGCCUCCACCUGAGACCAACCUAGACGAUGAGUGGCUGUACGAGCCUAUCGUGUUGAUCGACGACAGUAGUGACGAAGAUGACGACAUCCAGGCGACAGAGGCGCCACUCCCUCCUCGGAUCGACACUCCAGUCCAAGCAAGGCCCAAAUCGGGGAUCGAUUUGCACGGCGACACUGUCGAGGCCUUGACGUUGGCUUCGGUUCACCCUAAGCUCGGCAGACGAUGGCUGGCCAUUCAACUCGCCUUGAUCAAGACCCCUCCUGAUGCAGUCCCACCUCCGCUAUUGGAACCAGAACAGACUCCAACGCAAUCCGUCGAAUCCGACCAAUUUGCAAGAGACGAAUUUGCAAGGGAGAUAUUCAAUCUGGGAAACGAGCAGUUCUUCGAUGAACCAGAAGAGGAACCCAACAUGGCGCCAUCAGCCGCAAAUUUGGGCAAUCUCCCCGAGGAGAGGCAACCACUCACUGGUGACGAUCACGACAACAACGCGCGUUCACCCACUGAUGCAGUAUCUUUUGACCUUGAUGCUCUUCUGAAUGGCCCUCAGGAUCGUCAAGCCAGCACAGUGGAUCCUGACGAAGCAUUGGGGGUCGGCGGGGAUCAGUCUAGGGACUCUCCUGGCCCAAUUGCUUCGCCACAGCGUGCCAUCGUCCCAGUUAUUACACCUUCAACCCCAAUUGGGAAAAGGCUGCGAAGGCGUGAUCACCAACCCCACGCUUCUGACGUUGGCGCAAGUGGGCCAUUGGGCAAGAGAGCUAGGGAAGAGUCGCAUGGACAGGAUACUACGUCUUUGGGAAAAAGGCCCCGACGUGCUCCGAAGCAAUUCGCGGCUUUGAAAUAA